AUGCGCAGUUUUGCUUCUAAAUUGCUGAAGGCUUUGAUUCCCGCAUUUGAUCCGCGUCCUGGUCGCACGAAUGUCAACCAGACCCAAGAUGUAGAACUUCCUGCGGUGGUUCCUGAUCCAGCACAAUCGAAGCCUGCGACUGUAAGUGUGGGUGCAAUUACUCGUUUGACAUUUUUCCCAUGUAAAUUUCAGUUUAAAAUAGGUCAAUUGAACUUGGCUAUUAGGCUUAUUCAUCUCCGCGCAAAUGUUACCUUAGAAAUGGCUGCUGACGAUCACAGCCUGUUCUAUUAUGUUCAGUCUCUUGUCGGAGCAAUUGACUGGGGGACGGUAAGUCAAGCUGUUUUUAUUUGUUUACAUCUGAAUCAGCUGUUUGAAGAAAUGCGAGCGCAGCCGUCGUGUAUGGGAACCAACAUACACUUUGAUUUACGAGGAUGCAUCCCUACCGUACUCAUUGGUUUGCUUUCACGUAUUGGAGAAAGAUUCCCUGAUGCUCAAUUGUCUCCACAGGUCUUCAUCAGUGAUAAGCUUACCCAGAAGCUUACACAGGUUUGGUUUUUUGAUAAUAUCGGAAUUCUUUCCGAUGCUUUGGUAGUUGCAGCUAGAGCGAUGCCAGAUUGGUGUGAACGCCUCAUCUACACAUAUCCAUGUCUCUUUUCGGCAGAAACCAAGAACAUGUACAUGCAAGCCACUGCAUUUGGGGUGUCGCGCACAAUUGUAUGGCUGCAAUCUCGCCGCGAUGCUGCUCUUGACAGAGCCCGUGGUGCCGCUCAAAGCGCUACUAGCAGUGCUAGCAGGCCGCACGAUCGUUACCAAGAAUAUCGCGUUGGUCGCUUAAAGCAUGAGCGGAUAAAGGUGACUCGCUCCGAAGAACAUCUUCUUGAGCAAGCAAUUCGUGUUAUGAAAUUCCAUGCUGAUCGCAAGGCAGUUCUAGAGAUCGAGUACGUUGGCGAAGAAGGAACUGGUUUGGGACCAACCCUGGAGUUUUAUGCCUUGGUAAUCUUUCUCGUUGUUUCUCUACAUCAUGAUACUAUUUUGAACACGCUAUUAAUUUGUAGCUUCUAUGUCCGUCGUGCUGGCGGUCUUUUCCCUGCUCCUCUCCCACCUCAUACUGAUGAAGUGCGUAGAGCUUCAGAGAUGUUCCGAGUUCUUGGCAUAUUCAUGGCUAAAGUGAGUUCUUUUGAUUAUCUAUAUCUAACCUCAAGUAUAUUAGGUUCUUUUGUAGGUGAACCAUCUUUGGACCGCAUUCUGUCUUUGGAUGAUUUUGAGGAAGUUCAUCCGGUAAAAGGUUGGCUCAUUGUAGAUCUUUUGCAAUCUCGUGGUUUCCUCAAAGAACUGCGAGCACUAGCACAAAGAAAGCGUGCCAUCGAGAAUGAACCAAUGUUGGAUCGGGAAGCGAAGAGGCGAAAAAUUGAUGAGCUGAAAUUAUGCAUUCAUGGGACGCGCUGCCGCUUAGUCGAAGGAGGAGCAGACAUGGACGUUACAAUGGACAACGUUGAGCUCUAUGUUCAAAAAUGUGCUGACUUCUAUUUGAAUACGGGAAUAGUAAAUCAGGUAUGUUGUCAUGCUUGA